AUGUCGGUAGCAUUGCGGACGUCUAUUGUCUCUUAUCUGGUGCUUGUGCUACUGGAGCGUUGUUGGGAGGCGGAGUGUGGGCAGCUCUCAUAUUCCGUGUCCGAAGAACUCAACGCGGGGACCUCUGUUGGAAAUAUCGCUAAGGAUCUGAACCUCAGCCUUCAGGAUUUGGAAUCUCGAAUGUUUCAAAUCCUUAGUGGAUCCAAGAGGAAAUAUUUCGAAGUGAAUUUAAAGACCGGUGUUCUGUACGUGAAUGAAAGAAUAGACAGAGAGGAGCUCUGUUCCAAGGAGCAGAAAUGCGCAGUCAGUGUAGAAGCUGUGAUUAAUAAUCCAUUAAAGCUAUAUAGACUAGAAAUAAUUAUACUGGAUAUUAACGACAACGAUCCGGUGUUCACUGAAAAAUCUCAAAUUAUAGACAUAGCGGAGAAUACUCUGCCUGGAAUGAAAUUCGCUUUGUCAGAGGCCAUCGAUGCAGACAUCGGUAAGAAUACUGUUAAUUCGUUUAAAAUAACACCCAAUGAAUAUUUUCAUCUUGCUACAAUUAAAGGAGGAGAGAGCGUGUCUGCAGAGUUGGUUUUGCUGAAAACACUGGAUCGAGAAAAGCAGCCUGUGAUACAUCUCACAGUGACUGCUGUAGACGGAGGAACUCCAGCGAGAUCUGGCACAUCCCAGGUCAUUGUACACGUUUUAGACAUAAAUGAUAACCCUCCUGUGUUUAGCAGCCCCUUGUACAAAGCUCGUAUAUUUGAGAAUGCGCCAAUCGGCACUACUGUGAUUAGACUAAACGCAACAGACGCAGACGAGGGGACGAAUGGUGACAUUGAGUAUUCACUGAGAAGCAGAGGGCAGGAUCGUAUAUUAGAGGUUUUUCACAUUGAUCCUCUGACGGGUGUGAUAACAGUGAAAGCUAAAGUCGAUUAUGAGGAAAACAAAGCGUUUGAGAUCCGCGCAGAAGCAAACGACAAAGCUCAGCCACCGAUGUCAGCACACUGUAAAGUACUGGUAGAAGUGAUAGAUGAGAAUGACCAUGCCCCUGAAAUAACUGUGACGUCAUUGCUACCUACUGUAAAAGAGGACGCAGCUGUAGGCACUGCUAUUGCACUGGUGUCAUUUAUUGACAGAGAUGGUGGUAAAAACGGAGAAGUACAUGGUAGAAUCUUAAACCAAGUCCCAUUUAAACUAGAGUCAAAUUACAAAAACUAUUAUUCUUUAGUUGUUAAUGGAAAUCUUGACAGAGAAGUUACCUCCAAAUACAACGUCACCAUUUCAGCCACAGAUGAAGGAACUCCCCCUCUGAGUAAUAUCACUGUAAUUACUGUUCACGUUGCCGAUGUGAAUGACAACUUUCCUCUUUUCUCAGAACCUGUGGUUAAUGUUUAUGUGACAGAAAACAGUAAAGUCGGGAUAACAAUUACAACGUUGUCUGUAUCCGAUGCUGACACUGGCGAAAAUGGCCUUGUGAGAUAUUCUGUAGACAAUAACAGCAACAAAGGAUCACUAUCUACAAUGAUAAAUAUCAACUCAGAAACAGGAGACAUAGUCAGUUUACAGUCUUUUAACUUUGAGGAGCUGAAGACGUUUCAGUUUAAAGUCCAGGCCACAGACUCUGGUCUUCCUCCGCUCAGCAGCAACGUGACCGUCAACGUUUUCAUCCUGGAUGAGAACGACAACAGUCCCUCCAUUCUCGCUCCCUAUUCUGAGCUGGGCUCCGUUAACAGUGAGAGCAUCCCCUAUUCUGCUGAAGCAGGAUACUUUGUGGCAAAGAUCAGGGCUGUAGACGCAGACUCUGGAUACAACGCGCUGCUCUCUUACCACCUGUCUGAGCCCAAAGGAAACAACCUCUUCAGGAUCGGAACCAGCAACGGGGAAAUCAGGACUAAGAGGAGAAUGAGUGACAAUGACCUGAAAACUCACCCCUUGGUGGUGCUGGUCUCUGAUAACGGAGAACCCUCCCUGUCGGCUACUGUGUCUAUUGAUGUGGUGGUGGUGGAAAGCACAGCUAACCUCCAGACUCCGUUCAGACAUGUGCCCAUGAAGGAGGAGAGCUUCUCUGUUCUCAACCUGUACCUGCUGAUCGCCAUUGUGUCGGUGUCCGUGAUCUUUCUGCUCAGCCUCAUCACUUUAAUAGCUGUCAAAUGUCACAGGACAGACGGCAGCUUCAGCAGGUACAGCGCCCCAAUGAUCACCACCCACCCUGACGGGAGCUGGUCUUACUCUAAGGCUACUCAGCAGUACGACGUCUGCUUCAGCUCAGACACGCUCAAGAGUGACGUAGUGGUUUUCCCAGCUCAGUUUCCUCCUGUGGACGGGGAGCUGAUCAGUAUAAAUGGAGGAGACACGUUUACCAGGACUCAGACUUUACCUAGUAAAGAGAAGGUAGGUGUUAUUCAGUGUUGACUUAAGUGCUUGUACUUAAUGGCUGGGAUAACUUGCAUAAUCUUGCUUGGUCACAGUAGAUUUUAGUAUAUAUGUAUAUGAGUAAAUAGAAACAGUAAACAAAGUUGUACAACAAGUACAUAUAGAAUCAAUUGAAAAUGUUUCUUCUGAACGGAACUCAUCCAUGAUCGCCGCUGUCUAUGGUGCUGAAAUUACUCUCCUAAAACAAAGAUCCUGUUAAAGCGUCUAGAUUUUUUAAUAUUACUCUCAGUAGUAGUAGUAGUAGUAGUAGUAGCAGCAGCAGUAUGUGAAAAUCUCCAAAAUCAUCAUGUAAUUAAAAAAAUAAAAAUAAAAAAUUUUAAGAGAUUCGCUCAAACGUAAAAGUAUUUUUUUUCCCGCAAACAUACAAAUUUGUAUCUAAUUGCUGUUUAAAUGUAAUUGAAUUGGAUAAAAAUUAACGGGAGCCUAAAAUAUCAUACACUAA